AAUGUGUGUAAGUUAACUUGGUGUAACUGAUGUAAUGUGCUUUUGUCGACUGUUUGUGUACCGAAUUAUUCUUGUUAUUAAGUUGUGAACUUUAUAACUAUCAGGGAAGAAUGGCGUCGUCUAGAAAUUAUUCAGAUUUAGAACUUGGGCCUUCCAUUAUACGUCCAGAUAUGGAAUGGGAACCUAUAAGUUACACUAUGCCUGAUAUACUGGAAACGUUUCCUCCGCCAAGGGUCGUGCGCUGUGACCCAAAUUUUUUUCAAGUACCUACCGAAAACAUCAAUUUCGAUGUAUCACAGCCAUUUUUGCUGUACCAACCUCGAAAAAUUGUGAAAUAUGUUGGUGAUAAUAUGAAAUACGACUCCAGCAAGAAUAAGUAUUUACCAGUAGGCAACCCUCUGCUCAUUCCGAAAGACUAUAAAGGUUGGUUUGCUCUACUUGGUUCACCACAAGAGUUAUCGACAGACGUGAAUGUACCCGUGUACAUAACAGUCAAAUCAUUGGUAAAAAACAGGGUCAUCCAGUUUUUGAUAGGUGGAAAUCGGAGCGUACAAAGUUUGCAAAUGCAGCAAAAUCCUAACCUGCCACCAGACUAUAGAACUCUUUAUCCAGGUGAUGUGCUGCGAAUAGGAGGGACAUACGUUGCUAAAACUACAUUUACAAAGAAAAGAUUCUUUAAGAACAAGGUGUUUACACGAGAAGAGAGAUUCGUUAAGUGUACUGAUGAGAAUGAUAGGGAGUUGCUAAUUCCGAUCAGUGCUGAGGGAGAGUUUUAUGCAAUAUCGUCGAUCAGCCAGGACAUUAUAACGCCAAUAGAUAAAUUAGAAAGUAUUACACAGUUUCCGAUGAUUGCAAAGCUGGUCCACGGUAGGAUGCCAGCGACCCCUUGUUCUUUUACGGGGACCAUUCUCAUUUCGUCAUAUUUUGAAGAACAUUCCGUGAUUUCGUCAACUGUUUUCAAUGUGCGCAAUAUUAUGCUUGAAAUUCCGGUAGAUACGAUUCUUCAUUACAAUGUUGCAAAGAAUCAGCCAUGUCUUCUAGAAAACAAGAGUUACAAAGACGCUCUAGCUUUAUGUAUAGAGAAAAGUAAUAUUUAUAUGCGUCAAAUAAAAGUGUCAUUUUUGGUAACUGACAAAUCUGAACCCUCGUCUGCUUCAUCUACUCCCCCAGACACUCCAGCACCACCUGUUCCACGUUUAAAGAAAACUCAAUCCGAGCACAAACAUGAAUUCCACCCUCCAUUCAUACGCAAGAUUUCCCAAUUGGAGCUCCACCAGAAAGUUCCUAUCAUCUCAACUCCUUCCAUAAGACUUACUUUUGGAAAUAACUCCUUGAAUUUUUCAACAAUGAAGGACGGAAGUGUGAAAUUAAACAAAGCGAUACUUCGCCAAAGGCUGUUUAGUGAACGAACCGACAAAUCAAAUCUGGUAUAUGAAAAUGUAGAUGAUUUUGCUUUUGAAUUUCCUAAGGAUGGAACAUUAGAACAAGGCGACCGAAGUGACGACACAAACGAGAAUGUCAUCUACGAAAAUGUGACAUUUCUGAGGAAACAACUGACUACUGAUGAUUCUACUGGAGAAACACCUCCACCAUUACCGCCAACAAGGAUCUCACUGAUAGCAACAGACGCAAAUGAAACUGCACCAAGAUCAUGCAGAUCACAUAUCCGAGAUUACGAAAUACCCGUUUUAAUCAAGGAAUCCAACGACGAUCUUCCAAAUAUCCGAGAUUACGAAAUACCCGUUUCAAUCAACGAAUCCAACGACGAUCUUCCACUCGGAUCAACAUGCGCUACAUAUAUUGAAAGUAUUAAACGAUCUACCAUCCCGGAUGAUUGUGUCUCUAACACAGAUUCAGGUUAUGCACAGGACACAGAAUCAGUGAAAAGCACUCCAGUCACGAUUAGUUUAAAUCUGAUGUCCGUGGAUGAUGUGUCAAAUGUAUUAAAAGGUCUAGGAUUCAAGGCGAAUUCCAUUGCAAAGAUGAAAUCCAAUAAAGUGGACGGUAGUUUGCUUGCAUCACUUGAUCCAGAAAAUCUUUCAGAUACUUUUCCUGAAUUGAAUAAAUUGGAAGUAAGAAAACUUGCCCUGUAUCUUGAUGGAAGCUGGUUACCCAAAAAACCAUAAAGUGUUGUUUAUUUUAUUUUGUCAAACUGAAAUGAAAACAAAUCUUAAAAUUUGUUUCUUCAUCUUUUUAUGGAUUUUGUUAUGGGUGUCAACGGCCUGGAACAAAUAUAAUGUACGGCAUUUGAUUACACAGUCUACAUUUCCUGAUAUGUACACUAAAGUUCAUUGUUUUAUGCAUAUGUUGAUACAAAUAAUACUUUUUUUUAAUAUACGUUUUCAAUGGCAUUUAUGGAAAAUAAAUACAGUUAAUUGUUGCCAUAGAACUCCUGUGUUUAAUUUAAUGGAAUUGUUAAUAACGACCACAACCUAAUUUAUUUGUUGUUGGAUUUCAGUCAUUGGGAUAUGUGUCAUACUAAUGCUUCCCAAAUUCUUAUUCAGCUGUUCAAAUUGAUCAAUGUCAUGAUACGAAGGGAUGAGACUGCAACACUUAUGUAUAAUGCUAUACCUGAAUUUGAACAAACCUAUUAUAAACUAUAUGCAUAUCGAGUUGAAUAGAUAAACAACAAAAGUUGGUGUGAAAACAUGUAAUACGGGUGAAAUGUUUCUAAAACUGUGCUAGAAAGAGUAAGCAUAUACACCGACGCACAAAAGAAAACAUAUCUAGACUUUGAGAGAGAUUUAAAUAAAAGCUCGAUAGUAAAAGAAAAUAUACAUGGAAAUUGAACAGGCGUUAAGUGAACAGGCACAUUAGUUGUAUACAUAUUACACGUGACAUAUUUUAUACACAAUUACAUUAUCCAGAUACU